AUGAACGCUGCCCAAAACGGACCGGGGCCCGAGGGGCACGAGGGCCUCGAUGCAUCUACCAAGCGAGCGAUUCGAUGUGACAAGGAGUCCCCGUGCUCCAACUGCCGCGUCGCCCAGAGGGCGUGCAGCUCCACGGGCAUCGGCCAGAAGCCCAAGGAGACGAGACAGCGGGUCCUCAUCUCCACGCAAUACGAGAGGAAGAUAGAUCAGAUCGAGGACCGGCUCGGUAGCAUCGAGAGGCUUCUGCAAAAACUCACCACAGAACCGGAACGCGGCAGCGGCGUCCACUGGCCCUCCCGCGCGCCGUCGCACCACGAUCCCACCAGCUCGAGGGGCUUCACCGCCACCCCGUCCUCGUCGUCCGCCGCGGGGACGCCCGGCGGCGUGCCAGCAAACGAGUCUCGCAACGGCGGCGCCGGUGGCAACGACGACUCGACAUUUGAGGGCAACUCGUCGCUGUCGGCCCACACGGCCUUUGCCAGCGAGUUCCUCGAGCACGCCGUCGAGCGCACGCCGCUGCUCGACCUGAGCCCCAACAUGAGCGGCGCGCUGGCGACCCUCAAGCAGAUGGUCAGCAUGCACAACGCGGGGACCACGUCGCAGGAGCUCCGGUUCCCGAACCAGAAGCCCCUGCCCAAGGGCGGCCUGCGGGAGCUGCCCAUGCCGCCGAUGGAGAUGGUCGUCGAGAUGCUGCGGGCGGCAAGAGGCAUGUACAAGAGAGGGGGAGAGACAGAGGUAGUUGAGGCUGUAUGCUAA